CACAGGUUGAUUACAGCGAAGAUAAUGAUAAGAUAACAACGCGUGCUCUAGAUUAUUUGUUCGGAUUUAAGAUUCUAGAAAUGAAGCUAUUUUUGUGAAAAUGGAAGAUCCUGGGUCCCGACCAGUGAGGCAAGAGAGGAUCGAAGACCUCCAUCUGGAUAGAGUGGUUGCAUCUCAACCUGAAAUAGGACCGACUCCUCCAGAUGGUGGCUAUGGUUGGUUAAUAGUCGUCUCAGCAGUAAUCUACAAUGUGACUGUGCCAAGUAUAUUAAUGCUUUAUGGAUUGAUUAUUUUGAAGUCUUUACGAGAGGAGGAUCAUGAAGAAGGCGAAAGAAUGCGUGUUUGGGACGUAGAUGUAGCCUUAGUGCCUGUUAUAAUGACUGUGAUCCGUUUAUUGUUAGAGUCAUGGUGUUGGACAGUCGCGAAAAUAUUCAACAUGCCACGAUUUACAGCACUGGCUGGACUCUGUAUGACUGUCGCUGGUGUACUACUAUCGAGCUAUGCAACAAGUGUGUACAGUAACGAACAUAUUGUCAACAUAUUUGCGGGGAUUUCCAUUGGUAUCGGUUGCGCCUUAACGGGACAACAAACAGAUCUAAUCAUCACCCACUACUUCCGAGACAAACUUACAAUCGCCCAGCGUAUUGUAAAAGUUGCACCAUCUUUAGGAAAUGUGCUAAUGCCUUUAAUGAUCGGAUAUCUUUGUACAAUCUACCCUAGUGAUGUAGUGGUCAUGAUCACUGGAGCAAUUCUCAUGCAGAACUGUGUGUUCCUCGCCUCAUAUACACGACCUAUAUACAUUGAAAGAGUGAUUCGAAACACAUACAACAUGUUACGAGACGCCGUUGAAGACGAUGACGAAGUUAUCUUCUCAAACCAGACUGAACCCAGAACAGCAUCCAAUCCAGUAUCCACACAAGAUGAAGACGCAAAUGACGUGGUUGUCUUUAAAUCAAAUAAAAACGCCAGAGAAAUCAUGGACUCUGACGUGGAAACACGCGAAAGCAGUCGGCAGAGAUUUUCAUCAGAUUUCGGCGUGAUGUUUGAUGGUUCCACUUCUAAUCGCUUCUCAUCGGACUUUGGGGCUGUUGACGUCAGCAAUCACAGCAGAAUCAGUGGAUACCAGGAGUUGGAUAGUAUUGACAGGAAUAAUCCUCAGCCGUUAUAUCGCGAAACAACUGUGAAUGCUCCAUCAAAUAGUCUCGUUUUUGCCGCAGAAAUAUCACCUGGGUCAGCUCGACGUACCGCGUCAUUAAAGAAGAAUUUCAUUACCGUGAUUAAUAUGGUUCAAGAUCUAAACUUCUAUUUGUACACUCUGUUACAUUUGUGCACAACGUACAGUGUUCUUAUACUGAGUGUCUUCUUUCCACUGCUUAUGUGGGAAGAAAAUCCUACGAUGAAUAUUUGGUCGAUAUCUUCACUGACUGCAAUUGGUCACGCUUCGGCAUUGUGCUUCGUGUUUUUAUGUAUAUUCAUGCCAAACAAUUUGAACGAUAAAGCAAAAUUAUGCACAAUUUUUUGUGUUUGUGGUGCAAUAGGAUUCUAUGGUGUUACGCUUUCAUCAAACAAAAACUACCUUGUCGUAUGGUGCAUGUUUUCGAGUAUUGCCACCGCGACCAGCGGGAUUCUACAACAAUCUUUAUACAAUAGUUUCAAUAAGUUUGACACUACAGCGACUGUGACCACAGCAAAUACUUUAGUGGCAAUCGUGAUCAUGGUUUGGGCUGUUGCCUAUAGUUAUACGUACAGGACUUGUUUCUUUAUUGCAAGCUUAUUGCAAAGUGGCGCGGCCUGCGUGUUUUUGGUCGCCUCUUUUAGACGGAGGAGAUAGACUCCUUACAUACGCCCAAACCCAAUAACCUAUAUCAUUCCAGUCUUGCCCAUCUGAGAUAGAUAUCUUAAUCGAAAUAUUGAUAAUUGUGCCAAUAACCAAUCGUAAAAUCCAUCUGUCGAUACAAGCUAUCCAUGGUAGAUCGGAACGGUCUAUGAGGACCUUUGUAUGAAAAUGACAGUUCAACUAUGCCAAUAUCCUGUCUUAAGAUAAAACUUACACUUUUUAGUUUUUAAAAUCAUUAAAAAGCUAUUUGAUAUGUUUUAAAUAUAGACAUGUACAUUUUAAUAUUACUUGUACGGUUUUAUGUACUUUACAAAUAUGAGUGUAAAGAUCGAAGAUAUUGCAAUCUAUCCGUCGCCAAACAUGCUAGUCUAUGUAGGGUUUGGUUAUUUGGAGAUCAAUCAACUGUCACAGUUUUAUUUGAUUAAUCUGAUAGAUUGUAGAUUAAUUAUUGGGUUCAGGCGAUACACCGGCUUUAUUAUUAAACGUGGAUUAAAGAUAGUACCGCAUUUUACAUGUACAAAACAUCGUUAAGUUCUAUAUUUAUUGCACGUUUUAAAACAAGGUCUUUUAAUUUUAAGGAAGCUUGCUGAAAAUCUACGGUCUCUAUGGUUAAUGUCUUGACAGAUAGAGAUCGUUCACCAUAAAC